GGCUGAGGUGCUGUUAUGGCGGACCCCGGGGUUCCCGACCCGUUCAAAAGAGGCACGGGAAAUCUGGGGGUGCAAGAGGCGGCGGGUCCUGGAGGAGCCCUGGUGGAGCUCACCCCGACCCCCGGCGGCAUGGCUCUGGUGAGCCCCUAUCACACCCACCGGGUCGGGGACCCCUUAGACCUCGUGGCGCUCGCCGAGCAGGUGCAGAAGGCUGAUGAAUUCAUCCGAGCAAAUGCUACUAACAAGCUGACAGUCAUUGCUGAGCAAAUCCAGCAUUUGCAAGACCAAGCUAGGAAGGUGCUGGAAGAUGCUCGCAGAGACGCUGACUUGCACCAUGUGGCUUGUAAUAUGGUGAAAAAGCCUGGCAACAUUUACUAUCUUUACCAGCGGGAAAGUGGCCAGAAGUACUUCUCCAUUAUUUCUCCACAGGAAUGGGGAGCAGGCUGUCCCCAUGACUUCCUUGGUGCCUACAAGCUACAGCAUGACAUGUCGUGGACUCCAUAUGAAGAUGUGGAGAAGCAGGAUGCUAAAAUCAGCAUGAUGGACAAGUUACUGAGCCAGCCCAUGGCCUUGCCCCCGGGCACUGAGCCCACCUUCCAAGGACUGACUCACUGAGGAUGGCUCUGACUAGCAGCCCUCAUGAGAAAGGCCUGAGUGAUACCCACCUCCUGUCCACAUUCUCUCCCUGGGGGGUGGGUGAGGGGACUGUGGGUAUUUGGGUGAGUCAUGAACUACUUGGAAGACGGUCUUGAAUGUAGCUGCUGAUUUUGCUGUCAGUUGGGAUGGUGAGGAAUCACAGAACUGAGGGAUUUUCUUGGGUCCACUGAUGCCCAGUCAGUUGUUUUCCAAGGACUGGUCAGUGCUUUCCUUCACCUCCAGCUGUUCCUCCCUUUAAGUCAAAACACUGGCGGAGGAAGAGCCUUUUCCCUAGCAAGUUGGUGAGUCAUUUUCUAAGAGGAACCAUCUGUCUGUCUAUCUUUUGUGGGUUGGUAUUGAAGCUGUCCUCAUAGGUGCUGCCAUGCUGAUUUCAGGCUGACCCAGGGCCUGCAGUGUUGCCUAAGGAGGAUUGAAAAACAACAAACAAAAACUUGGCCUGGCCAGGUGAGAGUGUUGACUGGAGCUUCAGUCCUCAUGGCACCCUGGUUUGCCCUUCUGCCCUUCCGUCCGAGUGAGACUGACUGGAGACUAAAGCAGCGGCCCGGCAGGCCACGUUUGGGGAGUCAUCCUAAGCCCUGCAGAAGAUUAGACCUGGAAGAG